ACUAACGUGUCCUUGGUACAAUUGUAAUGCUGAUGAUGCAUUGAGCACCUUCGAUAGGAGGAGAGCGUGCACCAGCAUCGGCAAAAUACUCCCUACAUCGCAGGUACGAUGGAACGUAUCAAAACUGGGUUGACUGGAAUACAGCACCGGUCUCAAAAGCAGAGCAAAAGCAAAAGCAAAAGCAAUGGGGAAUGUUGGAUUGUGUGCUUCUGCCUGGUGGCCUGGCCGGCGCCCCGCCCACCGCGCAUGGUGGAAAGUUCUCCCUCCAUCCAAGAAGAGGAUGAAGAAGGAGAGAGGAAGGAGCAGAGCAAAUAGAAAAAUGGCGGACAAAUCAGGCCAGCAACCACGGGCCCUCGCUGCCUGGCUGUCUGCCUACUAACUAGACCACGAGCACGACGGACGGCAACACCCUCCCCGCCCCGCCCCGCCCCGACACAAGUCGUCGCUCGCGCCGGCACAGCGCAGCGCAGCCAUGCCCUCCCGCCACCUCCAGGUCCAGCCACCAUCCACCACCCCUCCCCCUCCCCCACCCCUCCACGCCGCCAGCAGCCACCGCCACCUCCUCCUCGCGGCCACCGCCGCCGCCGCCACGGCAGUGCUGCUGCUCCUCCUCCUACUCGCCCUCCUCCUCGCGCUCCACCUCCGCCGCCAGCGCCGGCGCCCCACGCUACCCUUCUCCCCGCCCGCGCGCCCGCUGCGCCGCUACUCCCGCCGCGCGCUGCGCCGCGCCACGGGAGGGUUCCACCCCUCCCGCCUCCUCGGCCGCGGCGCCGCCUCGCCCGUCUACCUCGCCACCUUCCCCGACGCCUCCCUCGCCGCCGUCAAGACCUGCUCCUCGCCGCACGAGCUCCACGUGCUCGCCUCGCUCCCGCCCGCCUCCGACCGCCUCGUCUCCCUCCUCGGCUACGCCGGCUCCGGCGCCGACGGGGAGUCCCUGCUCCUCGUCUUCGAGUACCUGCCGCAGGGGUCCCUCCAGGCCGCGCUCUUCGGGGACGGGCGAUGCCUCGACUGGGCGCAGCGGCGAGGCGUCGUCCGCGACGUGGCGCGCGCGCUCGCGUUCCUCCACGCCGAGUGCCAGCCGCCGGUCGUGCACGGGGAUCUCAAGCCCAGCAAUGUGCUCCUCGAUGCCGACUUCCGUGCCAAGGUCGCCGACUUCGGCCUCGCGCGCUUCAAGACCCCCGAUGCCGUCGUCGACACUGGACCCGUCGCCGGCGGGGACGACUUCAUGAGCCAAGAACUCGGCGAGGCAUGCGACCUCGACCUCUCCACCACCGCCUCCGCCAAAGACGACCCGGUGCCCGCUCCGGCUAGAGCGUCGGGAAAUGAGUGGUGGAUGAAGGUGAAGCAGGACGACAGCGGCGAGCUCGACCCACGGGACUACGUGGCCGAGUGGAUCGGCAGCCAAAUCUGCCCGGAGAGGAAUCCGGAUUGGGCCGACGACAGCGACCACAAGAACUCACCCUCCGUCGCCGACGACGACAAUAAGAACGCGGGUAAUGCCGACAGCAGCGCCAGCAAAGGAGCCGCCGGCGACAAGAAGGAGGCGACCCAGAUGCGCGAGUGGUGGAAGGAAGAAUUCUUCGAGGAGAUGAGCAAGAAAGCCGGCGGCGGCACCGUCGACAAGCAGCGCCGGGGCAGGGUUCGCAAGCCGUGGCUGCGGUCGAGCAGCGUGAACACCAGCAAUGUCAACGGGGACGGCAAGGCCGAACGGAACGCUCUGGACGACAUGAGCUUCCGUAGGAGCCGGAAGAGGAGCCGGCGGCGGGGCCAGUCCGCGGGCAGCGGCGACAUGCACCACAGCGGCGACCUGUUCAGCCGGGACCUGAGCACGACGACGAGCAUGCGCGGCACGGUGUGCUACGUGGCGCCGGAGGGCGGCGGCGGCGACCUGCUCGAGAAAGCCGACGUGUACAGCUUCGGCGUGCUGGUGCUCGUCAUCCUCUCCGGCCGGCGGCCGCUCCACAUCCUCUCGUCGCCGAUGAAGCUGGAGAAGGCCAACCUGGUGAGCUGGUGCCGGCAGCUCGCGCGCGCCGGCAACGUGCUCGACCUCAUCGACGAGCGGCUGGAGGGCGCCUACGACAAGGACCAGGCCACGCUCUGCGUGCAGCUCGCGCUCAUGUGCCUGCAGCGGCAGCCGGAGCACCGCCCGGACAGCACGGACAUUGUCAAGAUCCUCGCCGGCGAGAUGGAGCUGCCGCCGGCGCCCGUGGAGUUCUCGCCGUCGCCCCAACUCCGGCGGCCGUUCCCGCGGUCAUCGCACCGGGCGCAGCCGGACGCCACCGGGUGAGGAUGGUAACUGAUCUACUCGCUGCGAGAUCAUACUUGCGUUCUUGCAAGAGAUUUUUGUUACAGAUUUGGGGUGUUGCCUUCAUUGUUCUUCAACGUACAUAAUCUAGGGGUUAUUCAUUUCUAGCUUAAUUGAUUUCGUAACAAGAUAGUAUUAAUCUUUGUAGCAAUUUGAUCUUGCUUCUUGAAAGAUGCAACAACACAUUUGACAAUAGUUCUAAAAGAUUUUGGGCUGCCAGCUCCGAGGCUCAUGCCAGACAUUGUGCUA